GAAUUUAUGUCUGUUUAGGGAAAAGAAGGUGUUUAAGAUGAACUGACUGAGUAUUUGAGAAUCAUGUUUGAGCUGUAAGGAAGGGGAAUGCCAUGAAUGGCGUAUUGAAUAAGAUUCAUUGUGUUUUAUAAUAUUAAGAUUUUACAAAUGAUUCACAAAACCACAUUUAGAAAGUAUCAGAUUGUUAUUAUUAUUGUUAUUGUUAUUAUUAUUAUUAUUAUUAUUAUUAUUAUUAUUAUUAUCACCAUGACAUGAUUUGGUAGCUAUAGCUCAAACACAUCAACUUCAGUGUAUUUGUGUUCAUUUCAUAACAAUGCUCUAUAAGAUUAUUGCUUAUUGCAGGUUUAACUAAUAUCACACUGCUCUACUUUCAACUGAAUUAUUGUUUAAUUGCAUCCAAACUAAGUUAAAAGCAGCUUAGAGCAAAAGACAGCAAUGACACGAGUUUAAUCCAAACAGCAUCAGUGUGAUUUUCUGUUUACUCCAUAACCAGAGCUGAGACAGUUUUAUAAUGCACAAGACAAGUUCCUGCUUGAACUCUGUGCUAUUAGGUAGUGAACACUCACACAGGAGUGUUUGACAGUGAUAGUCAUGUCAUAAUCAAUCAGACAAGAUCAGUUCACACUCAUCAGUCACCAUUUUUAUAAGUGUGAACAAAAGCAUAACAUCAUGAACUAUUAAAAUGUCAUAUAAGUGAGGUUGUAAACAUAGGGGAAGUUACUGAGUUGCUGUUGUUAUUCUUUCCACAUAGACAGAACCAAUAACAAGUGGGCAUGUACUGUCGUGUUUGAUCACAUGAUGUGGAGUUGAAGGAAAACAACACUUCCUCAAUGCCCACUCACUCAGGCUCUAAGACAGUAAUGGGUAUGAUGAGGGACGGUUCCAACAAAAUAAUGGCUGAAUCUGUGGCAAAUGUGGCCCGGAGGAUAAAUGCCACAGUUGAGGAGGGCAAAGACAGUUUAGACUUGUCAAACUGCAAGCUCAUUUCUUUCCCAGACGGUGUCUUCAAGGUCCUGAGAAGUGUAUCAGAAAACAUCCGCGUUAUCACACUGGCUGACAAUGAGAUGAAGGCCAUUUCCAGCAAGUUCUUCUCAACUUUCACUCAGCUCACAGAACUGGACUUGCACGGAAACGUUCUCACCAAGCUGCCGGAGGCGGUCGGAGAAAUGCAGCAUCUGACCAGCAUCAAUCUUUCCCGGAACAAGUUCUCCACGUUUCCCGAGAAGCUCACCGAAAUCGCCACGCUGGAGAUGAUUAACCUGGAGGAAAACAGCAUCACAGAGUUACCUGUGGAGAAGCUGUCGGCCAUGCCAGCACUGAAGUGGAUAAAUGUCAAGUCAAACCCCUUGGAUUCAAACACACAGUCUGCUCUGCAGUCGCCCCAUAAAUUUGACAUUUUGUCCACCACAGAGUCCUAAAAUGUGAUAAUAUUUCACCGCCUAUAGACUGCAUGCUGUGUGCCUUUCACUGCUGACGCUGGAUGCUGUUGUGUGCCUGAGAGGUGAAAAAAAAAAAAAAAGAAAUACUGGAAGAUUUUACAAACUUGUAAACUCGUGACCUCCUU